UAAGCCGCAAGCACAACCCCGGAACCGGAAGUGAAUAUAGACACCAUCACCUUCAUACGUAAAGUUCCCAGAAUCUUAUCACAGAACAUUCCUGUCAUUUAUACACGGCCCAUCACUAGUAUUGUAACACUGUGUGUGACUAGGCCUCACUAGGAGACAUGGGCGGCAGGACUAACGUUAGAGACGAGGAGCCCAGGGCCCCAAUCCGAAGGGAAAAGUAAUAGGAAGGGCCUGGAGCAGAACCGCUAUUGCAGCAGCUUUCCCGCGAGAAGUUUGGGGCCCGGCUCUCGUAUCCAGAGAUUGGGGGCGUUCCUGUCUGCGGACAACAGAGCCUCUUCCCUUCUGCUUUAAGGCCGUGAAAUUAGCUGGGAUGAAGCUGUGUAUAUGGGGGAUGGGCACAGGCUGAGCUGGGGCUGGCGAGCCUUUAUUGUGUUGGCUGAACGUUUUCAGGCGCUGCCCGGCCCGCAGCGAAGACCCCAGCGGCGCGUUUGCUGGCUGGUACAGUACAGUUGAAGGUCAAUAGUGUGACACCAAUAACUGGUGAUAUCCCCAACUUGUCCUUGGUGCAUUGACCAUUCUGGAGCAGCUGAUCAUCUCUGGCCCUUUACAUCACUGAGGAAUAGACGGCGUUCUGAAGAGUGGGAAAAAAUACCAGAGUUUUCACAAUGGAGCAGAAACCUGUAGGUAUUGAUAAUUUAGGAAGAAAGGAAUUUUUAAGCUGGGCAGAGUUCCGAAAUGUGUUUGACCGAUGGUGUAAAAAAAACAAGUAUCUGUUUAAGAUCAAAUGCUACAAGAUAUUGUCCAGAACAGACUCCACUUCUAGUGAGAAUAUGAAAGCAAUAAAAUACAGCUUCAUACAGCUGGUGUGCAAGUAUUCCGUAGUUAACCAGCAUUCAUUGCGGAGCUCCAGUGGAGAGCUGCCUACUCCCUGCCAAGCCAGUAUCAUAGUUCAAGCUGGACCACAACAUGAUCGCCUGAUAGUCACACACUCUGAACUGGAUCACAACCAUACAAUAGCGGUAGAGGAAUUUGAAAGUUUAUUUCCACGUUUCAUGCUAAAAGCAAAACCUUUCCAGUUCUUGGAAAUGACUAACAAUAUUUCCAAACAGUUUCUAAGGCUAAACGACUUGAAUGAACUAGUGUAUCAAAGCUGUGAUGAGGAAACCUCCUUAAAAGAUCUCCUGGAUGAACUGAAUCUUAUUUUUUGUAAAGAUCCCAAGGUCAAGAUCAAGCUGUUAUUUCACCCAGAUAUCGCUGAGGUAGAAGGGAUAUAUCUAAUGACAUCUGCAAUGAACAAUUUAUUACAGCGUUUCCCAUCGGUCCUCUACAUCGAUCAAACCAUGUCCAUUAAUGACGACUUUUACUUGUACACUGCCAUAUGUGAAGAUGCCAACCAAAUUGGACGAACAUGCGGAUAUUUCAUCACUCUGAAGAAAAGUGAGACUCCAGUCAGAUUCAUGGUAGUGUCGAUAAUGCAAAGCAUUCCAGAGUUUGUUAAAUACUUAAUCAAAACAGUCGUACUACAUGCCGGUUUGGAUGAGAUAGAUUUAGUUGAGACUCUUCUUCCCAGUGCAACUGUAUUAAUGAGCCACGGCCAUGCCCUUAAAGUUCUACAGAGCAGGAUUAAAGAGGAGAAGCGCUCCGUGCAGGUUGAAAUGAAAAAGAUCAUUUGUAAUCUGGUUUAUUCAAGCACUGAUGAAAAGUAUAAGCGUAAUCUCAGAUUGCUGAAAGCAACAGCCUCGUCUUCUUUUUUAGAUUAUUUCCUUAAUGACUGGCACUUGCACAAAGAGAGCUGGGUAUCUGGUUUGGGGCAGCUAGAUCCACGUAUUAGAUUUGAUUACCACAUCAAAAAGCAUGUGCAGUCUUUGGAGUCAAUUUGCCCAACUCCUUCUCUUACUUCUAGCAUAAAUAGUCUCCUAAAUCUUCAGAGUUUCAAAGUCCUGACCUCUACACUUGAUGAAAAUAUGACCACUGACUUCUAUAACAAGCUCUGCCACCCAGAUUUUUUAAAGUUGAUACAAGAAGAAUUUUCCUUCGCAAUAAAAGGGUUUUAUAGUAUCUCUGAAACUGCUGAAGGCUUUUUAGUGAAUGACAGGGCAUGUGAUUUUAUAGUGAACAGACACCAGUUCCAGUGCAGUUGUUUCGUUUUUGAAUCAAGUAAAUUACCAUGCCGACAUAUAUUUGCUGCACGCCUUUGGAAUGGAGAAACUGUGCUGGAAAAAAUAUUAAUACAAAAGAUGAAAGCUAAUUAAGCAAAUUGCUUGGUUUCUGCAGAAAAAAAAGGAAUGAGCCUUCCCCAAACUGAUGCCAUAAAGUAGGAAGUAUGUAAUUGCUUUCACUAGAACUAGUGGCUCCAAACAAAACCAUCAAAAACAGCUAUAUUCUUUUACAGUCGGCAUUACACAUUCAGGCAGUUAUGUUUCUCCAGACAUCUGUUGCAAAACUUGGACUCAUCUGUCAGAUUGCCAGAUGUUGCAGUGAAAUGAAUAACUCAAGUAAAUGUGUUUUUACCACUCCAGAUUCAGCUGCAAAAAAAAAAAAGUGGGGCACUUUCGUCUAUAAACCACUUUCACCCUGGUUAUGCACAGACAUGACCCAAUCAAAACCAUACCCCAUUUGUAGUAAGCACUACAUUUUGGGACUUUCCUGCCUUAUUAGGGACCUUUGAGGGAUAUGCAAUAGCAGCAACCUUUACAGCCACAUUUUGGCCUUGUUUAUGCCAAUGUUUGCCUUCUGUGUGCAACUUAUCUUAAGAUUUUGCCUGCCCGCUAAUAAAUGUAUAGCAACGAAAUAAUAGAUGCAUAAUGGUAGCUGCUACUGGGUGUAAUAUAAGUUGUAAAACAAGCACUGAAGUACACAAGGCUAAUGCAAUAACCUUUUUUUAUUUGUAUGUGCAAUUUUGGUGUAUAAAACACCUUCCCCAGACAAACAAAUUGUGGGUGAUGUCUUGAAAAGAGAUUACCAAAGUUUUUUUUGGAAAUGUUUUAUAUACUGAGCUCACACUAAGUCCCAUUAUACACAUAAUCUAUUGUCUCCAGCAGUGGAUUCCAUUAAGCAGCCAGCCAUUUUGUUGCUAUAUUAUAUUGGUGGUGUGUAGGUUACUUCUGUUCUUGUGUGUUUCAAGUUGCUUAUAGCCAGCCCCACAGUCCCUACGGCCAUAAAACUUACACUAUAACAGAUGAGGUUGAGCAUUUGGUUGACUCAACCCCAAUAGCUGUAUUCUCCAGUGAUUAAAUUGCUAAAAACCAAACAUUCUGAACUAUGGUCCUAUUUAAAUAGAGUAAUCUUUACUGUGUUAACGCUGGCAGAGUACCGCAUAGUUAAUAACAAAAGGGUUUAGGAUCUGUAACCAACUUAUGCAAACUCUGGUGUGUUGAGAAAUAAAGACUCUGAGUCAAAAAAAAGAUAGCUAUCUAUUCUUAAAUGUAAAGUCAAA